AAAGAAUAAAUUAAAGGGAUAUUUGGACAUGAAAUUUGAGGCAGAGAGGAUAGAGUUGAAUUGAGCCCUUUAGUUUAGCGGUGUCUGUAAUCUAUGUAGAUUUUGGCUUUGGUAGUUAUUGUGGCAGAAAAAUGGCGUCGUUGUUUUCGAAUUCUCCAAUGGUAAGAGGAAGAGAUGAAGUGUAUGUUGCUGCAAUGCCUCUGAGGGCUACAAAGGGACCACCCCAGUUGCUUAUGUCUGCUGCUUACUCCCUCAAUUUCUGGGAUUUGCAGCAUUUCAUGGUCAUCAUCAAACCCUAUUCACCUUCUCAGGUUCUGGUUUUUGAUUUUCAGCCCAAAGAUCCUGAAGAUAUAUAUGUGGCACUGGCAGCUUUGUAUGGUACAACAGUGCCAGGAGCUGUUCUUGUGAGGAAGUUACAAAAGUUACCAAGAAACAAAUGCUGGCUUGUUGGAUAUUCAACUGAGGAUGCAAUGGAAAUAGCAGGAGAAUUCAACAAAAAAUGGGAAACAAAUUUGAGAAUUGGCCUACACGAUUGUCGCGAUUAUACCAACAGUAAGAAUUUAUUCAGUAUACCUUAUGUUGUAUAUGCCCUUUUGUGGAAAGAACUUUUAGCUUCCUUGCAUGCUUAUAUAUUUACUACUUCAGUUUUAUCUAUCUAGGAAAUCAUGAAUUAUUGAUAUCUAGCAUUGUAAUUCAAUCUGGUCUAAUGUGCCAUUGCACUUUGAAAUUGUGUCUAAGAUGAUCGAUUUAGAAAUUUUUGUUGAUAAUCCCACGUCGACUAGAUAUAAGGACAAUUUAGAACAUAUAAGUAGAUACAAAUAUCAUUAAAAAUCAGUUUUGUAGGAUAGAGUUAGACUUAAAUUUCUCUUUUUACUUAUUCUAUCAUGCAGUAUUUGACUUAUAUUGGUUUUGUUUAGUUUUACCAUGAGGUAUUGAAUCUUUUUGGUGAAUUCAAAGGUUUGGUUAGGCAACUCACUGGCGAAAAAGAUGUGCUGGAACGUCUGAGAAACAUUGGUGGUUAGAGGGAAUUCACUGUCUUGCUAGACAAAGUUAAACAUAGUGUUUAACUUUUGUCUUUUCUGAUUAAUGUAGGACUUUGAGUCAAGUUUGAAUUAUUUUCAACAUAAAUGAAUUCUAGUUAGUUGUAUAUUCAUCUGUAGAUAAUUAGAAGUCCCAGCUAAGUAAUCCUAACAAUGGUGAUAGAUUAUGAAAACUACCACGUUGUGGUUGUUGUAUACUUCAUUAUACUAUACCAGUGAAUGUCGAUGUUUAUCUUAAACUUCA